AUGGAGGUGGAGGAGGAGGUAGAGGAGGUGCUGGAGCAGGACCAGCUGAGUGACACCUCCAGGGGAGGCGGGGGUGGCCGGAGCCCUGAUGGAGAGACCCGAGGUGGGGGAGCGACUGGACCACCAGAGACGGGGCAGUGUAGGGGGCACCAGUGAUUCUCAUAGCCGCAGCAGUUCCAUCACAUCCUGCGAGAGCGUUCAGGGCAUGAUGCUCUCCACCACCACCAUGGAGCAGUCAGAGCUCUCCUCCAGCCGAUAGUGCCAUCAACCAGGAGGACUUUCAGCAGUAGCUGGUGGUCCAGACCAUCAAAGUCAAGAAGAAGGCCAAGAGGAGGAGGCAAGGCGAGUGGCAGUUGUAGUGAUUUGAUUAGAUUUUUUACAAAGGGUCAAGCAAACUUUGAGAUCUAGUGUUCUAUGCUGUGGUUGAUCACAAAAUGUAAAACAAAUUGCUCCAAAUUGCGUUUUUAAUAAAUGAAAAAACUGUAACAGCUUGUCUUAAAAUUACCUUUCUCUUAGGAUUCAAGCCAUUAAUGUUGAAACUUCUUGCUGCUAUCCAACAUUGGGCAGCAGGACCAAGACAAGACAGUAGUAGUUAUACUAGUGGUUAGUUACAUUACACACAACAUGUUGUGACGUUGCAGCUUGCACCUUCCACAGUGUGUGUAAUAGUACAUCACAUUCAGUUUCAAUAUGAUACUAUGUGGCUAGUAAUGUCGCAUCAAAAUGAAAAGCAAUGGAUCAUUUGAUUGUUAUUACCGUAUUUUCCGCACUAUAAGGCGCACUUAAAAGCCUUUAAUUUUCUCAAAAAACGACAGUGCGCCUUAUAAUCCGGAGCGCCUUAUAUAUGGAUCAAUUGGUUAAUUGGUUGAUCCAUACUGGUUGUACACGGCGCUCAAGGCGCUCUCAAAAUGUUUCAGUAUGAAAAACCAAUAAAAACUAUUUAAUAAUAAUGAAAUGUUUCAGUACGACUGGUAAACUACAAAGCCGCACCGCUUGCAGCAUUACGGCUACCGUAGUCAGUAAACACCGGUACUGUGCUUACUCACAGUCCCACACCACUUGUGUGUGUAUAAAGACCCCAAAAUUGUUGUCAGAACGCUUAAUAAAGUUUGACUUUAUCUGACUGUUUUGUUUACGUUCCCUUUAGCACUGCUCCAUCUAGUGGAUGCAUAACGCAACCCCAGUCAAACGUUUGACUGCAGUAUCUUCUAUUCUAUGCGCCUUAUAAUCCGGUGCGCCCUAUAUAUGAAAACAGUUCUAAAAUAGGCCAUUCAUUGAAGGUGCGCCUUAUAAUCCGGUGCGCCUUAUAGUGCGGAAAAUACUGUAGUCAUUUUAUGGCAGAUUUUAUAACACACAAACCAUUACUGUAGGAUGCUGUGUCUGGUUUGAACUCUCUCCUCUCGCCCCUCCUGUAGUUGGCAGAGAGCUGGAUGGGCUACACAGGGGCCAGGCUGUGGCAUCCUCAACCUGGUUGUGACUGACCCAUACGUCUGGUGUUUGGACUUUAAAGGAGGCCUGCACUGCAGUACCCUCCCAGACGGGGGGCCUGAGCUGGCAGAAGUUUGA